AUGGAUAUGGAACAUCGAAGACUGGGAAGUACUGGAGGUGCGGAAGCAGUACUAGGCCUUCAACCCAACUCAACAAUGUCUAUUGCUUAUCACUCCCUUUUUGAUUCCCACAAUGACAUAACACUCCUCGAAAUUGAUGAAAAACUCGUCCCUGAUAUCCUUCAGCAAAGAGUGACUAUAAGAGGACAGCCCGAUGAAGAUGCAGUUCUUUGUACUCAGUCAAAAACCUAUGCCCUUAAAUUUGUGGGGACAUCCAACUCUGUAUUUCUUAUACCUCCUUCAGAUAAAGCUGUGGAAGAAUGUAAUGAGAAAGAUGAUAUGACCAUACCGGUUGCAUCGGUUAUCAAAGUUGCACCAGGCAGUAUGGAACUUGUUGAGGUUGCACCUAAAUUAGAUAAACUUAAAUUUCUCCUCUCCCAAAAUCCUUACAGUUUUGUUGAGGCUUCGGACAUGGACAUCUCUCACGAGAGAGAGAAAAUGAAUACAGGCUUAUACAGAUGGGAUGAUCUUGCUGACAAGGUACAGGCUAGCAAUGAGGAACUAAGGUCCGGACUACAAGCCCUUUUGGCAGUUGAAAUUGAUGGAUACUGGCGAGUUUUGGAUGACAAAUACAUGGAUAUGAUUCUGAACAUGCUUCUGCAUGAUGUAAUAUUGAAUGAUUGGUCCUUUAAUGCACUUAAUGAAGAUGAAGUUCUGCGUGCAUUAGAAACAGAUGGGUUUCCUUGCAAUAUUGCAAUGCAUUGCCUGAAAGUCUAUGGUAAUAAGGUGGAAGAGCAUAUUGGUGGAAGUUGUAUGUGGAGGUUGGAGGAGAGGCGCGUUUGUGUGCACUUUGCGAGAGAAAUCUUGAAAAACGGUAAGAUGAAAAUGGAAACUUUUAUGGCAGAAUGGAUACGAAAGGUUCCUGAUGGUAUGCAUGCAAGUUUUGACAUGUUGGAAGGGGAAGUUCUAACGGAAAAGCUAGGGAUAGAGACUCUAGUUUACUAUUUCAGCGUAUCUUCACUCCCAUCAACCCCUGCUGAGCGUUUUAACAUACUAUUCCAGGAGAGGCAAAAGUGGGAAUGGAAGGAUCUACAGCCAUAUGUCAGGGAUCUAAGAGUGCCGGGACUUUCUUCAGAAGCUAUACUCCUCAAAUAUACUCGGAGAACUCAGCCAACUGUGGAUGCUGAACCUGUUUUCAGUGCAAGAUAG